UCAUUCAGAUAGUUGGGCUCCUGUCAGGCUGUAAACGCCCAAAUUGACAAAGAAGAGAGAGAGACGUACACAGAGAAAUGGGUGGAGCUGGGCAGGUGAUGAAGAGAAUCCCACGCAUUAAAUUCCCACAAAGACACCCUAAAUCCUCAGCCUCAGCUAUGUCAACAAAUGAGGAUGCUCAUCUAAUAUUCACUUCAACGUCGGAGGUUCCAGCCCCACCCAUCAACACUGCCAUGGGAGGGAAAGCUUCUCUUCAGCCCAAACGUACACCUGUUUCAGACAGAGAGAUAGAGGCCAUUCUGCUGGGUGCUCCUGAUCUUGGCUGAAGUUGAAGCACAAUGUAGUUUUGAAUUUCCAUAUCAUUUUUCCCCCUUAACUCCUGGAAUAAGAAACUGUGUGUUCUCAGGAAACUCAUGAUAAAACAUGUCUAGCGAAAGAAAGACGACCUUUGGUCACCUGACCAGGGCAUUGUAAUUUUUUGUUCAAGAAUCAAUUUCCCUGGAUGUAAUUGUUUUCUGCAUUAAUCAGCUAAAAAUCAAGGGGCCUUUUCUUGUGGGUAACUUGAUACACUUUCUUCUGCUUUGAAUUCGCGAUCUGGGUUUUGCUCUGUUGCCAUUAUACUGUCUUUGGUGAAAUAUUAUUGCUGGUUCAUGUUGGUUCUUGA